AUAAAUUCAAUUUUAUAUAACUUUCCAAUUGACUUCUAUUCUCUAUUUUGCUUCAUUCUCUUAGUAUCCUUUGUUAAAGAAGCAGCUAUGCACUACUGGGAGCUAGUUAACGCACUGGGUGAGCCAAUAACAUGAAGGAUAUAUAAGCCCAACCAAUCGGUAGCUCAUGAACUUACGUAGGUAUCCUUUUCAACAAAAGAUACAAAUAGAACAAAACAAAUUGGAUAACUGAAGUAAAAUGGAAAGUUAUUUACAAUCACAAGGUUUUUUUUUAACUGAAUCAUGAAAGAAACAAAUUUAGGUUUUAUUUUUCUUUAAGGAGUUUAACUUUCUUUUUAAAUUUCCAUUUAACACACGCAGCAUAAUGCCAUUUUAUUCUUUUAGAUUUUGUUUUAUUAACUUUUGUAUUGUCUUGGUUUGUUUCGUAAGAUACAAAAUAUAGUUGUACAUUAAUGGUAGUGGUUGCCUUUAACUAUUUAUGCACAGAAAAGUGUGCACAUAUAAACGGAAGUGCAAAAAACAAGGUUUAGGGAUUCGGGGAGAAAAAUGCACAGUUCAUUAUAUAAAUAUUUUAAAGGCCAUUAUAGUAAAACAAUUGAAUGCUCCAAUUUGUUAGAGCAUUUCAUUUACAGACUAUUAACUCUACACUACUUAACCCCCGCAAAAGAGGUUAAACACACAGUAGAAGUGCUGCUUGAGGUCAGCAGAGCUGCCUUUCAGAAACUGUCCAACAAUGUAUUCAAUAAAUUACUGCUAAAAAUACUCUUCAACCGAUUCUGCCUAUGCAAACCCAAACACAGAAAAUAAAUCUGCCUCUAACAAGUGAAGUAACUGUUUCCAUCCUUGAUCACUGUUAUGAUCUUCCACCAAAGACAGACACUGAAAUGCUUCAUGCUGCUCGCGAAGAGAUUGCAAGAUUACAGCAACGGACCGCAGCAUUGGAAAUGAAUAUAUUUUUCUUGGAGCGUUUUCUGAAUGACUCAAGCCUUAUACAAUUUUACACCGGAUUCAAAGAUUAUGCUACAUUAAAAGAUGUAUUUUCAUCCUUGACCCCAACAGACAACAACAUUAUUAAAUGGAGACAGUGCCAGCAGGAGGGAGACAACAGUGUGAGCAGAGAUUCGGUAUCUGAAGAAGAGACCUUAUCGUUGAUUGACCAGUUUUUCUUAUUUUUAUGCAAAGUGCGGCAAGGUUUCCAUGAUCAAGACUUGGCUGUUAGGUUUAAUAUAUCACAGUCCAGAGUAAUUAGAAUUACAAUUACCUGGGCUAACUAUUUAUACCUUGUACUUGGUGAAGUUCCACUUUGGCGUAGUAGAGAAACUGGCAAACAGGAUAUACCUGACUGCUAUAAAGCUUCAUACCCUCAAGCCCGAGUAAUUCUUCAUUGUGCAGAAGUUAAAGUUGAAAUUCAAAAUGCUCCGGCUGUAUCAUCUCAGUUAUAUACAUAUUAUCAUAAACAGACUACGUAUAAGGGUUUGCUUGGAAUAGCUCCACAUGGUGCAGUUAUUUUCAUAAGUCCUCUCUAUUCUGGCAGUGCAUCAAAAAGAGAUAUUACAAAAUCUUCUGGUAUUUUGGAUUUAUUGGAGCCUGGUGAUUUGGUUUUCACCGAUAAAGAUUUCCUCAUUCAGGAUCUUGUGGAGUCUGUAGACGCCUUCUUGGUGAUACCUCCUAUAAUAACAACUGCCGCCUCACCUGAGGAAUGUAAUGAGGCAACAGUAAUGUUAAGCCAGUCAACAGAGGAGCAAAAUACCAUGAUUAUUUUGGCACCAUCCAUAGAACAAGACCAAGAAACAUUAGUGAUGACCUCAUCAACUGGUCUUGAGGAUGCGGUAGUAGAGCUUGAACAGUCAGCAGAAGAAGAUGAUGAUGUUGAUGUAGGGGUGAAAGAGGAGGAAGUAGAGACACAUUUAGUGAACAUGGAAGAGCUAAUGGUGGACCAGGGACAUCUUGUAACAGAAGAAGCUGAAAUUAAAGAAAGUUCAAAGAUUGAAGAGCAGGUUGUCAAGUUUACCAAUGAGGAAGUGGUAGUAACAUCACAAAACCCUGAAAGGCUUGUUGAAGAUUGUACAGGUUUGGACAAAGAGAUAAAUGCACUUGCUCGUUUAAGAAUUUGUGUUGAUCAGGAUAUAGAGCGUGUAAGGCAAUAUCAUCUUUUUGACAAAGUCUUGCCAUUGACUUUAGGAGGUACCGUUAAUCAAAUUUGGGCAGUAUGUGCAAUGCUCACUAAUAUUAAUGGAUCAUUGAAUUAAAAUAUUUAUGAAAGAACUAUAUCAUUGGAAUAUACUAUUGUGGUUUUUAAAAAAAAUAGUAAUAUUACUAUAGUCAAUGUAAAUGUUGCAUUAUCACAUCCUAUAGCAACACUGAUUUGUUGUAUUAAUUUUGUGAUACUAACCAAGGGUAGAAAUAUAUUCUACAGCUGAUCAAUACUGUAUCAGUAGCUGUCAUUUUAUAGUGCACAAACAUCUUUAAUAAUUGUAGUUAGAAGUAAAUGGGAUUCUUAAUAUUCAGCUUCUUAGAGUCUGUAAUUUUAAAGCAAAUUCCAUAUUUGAUGUGUGCUUUUGUUUUAUUUUAGCAUAAUAUUUUCAUUAUUUGCCAAAUUUAUUUACUGCUGAAAUGUAAAUAGGGCAUCGGUCUUCUGAAAUACCCCCCCCCCCCCCCUUUUUUUUAAUUUUAAAUACAAACUCUAACUUUAUGUGGUUUGUAAAAGGUUAAUACUCGUUUUAGGGUGUGAUCUAUCAAUUGUAAACAUUUUUUUUUAUGGUCAUGUAAAGUAUGCUUAAAGGGAUGUGAAACCUAAAAAUUUUCUUUCAUGAUUCAAAUAGAGCAUAUGAUUUUAAAUCACUUUUUAUUUACUUCUAUUAUUGUUUUCUUCAUUCUGAUGGUAUCUUUUGUUGAAAAGCAGAAAGCAGGGACAUAUGCUUAGAAGGAAGCCCAUUUAUGGAGCACUAUAUGACAGCAGUUUUGCCAGAGCACUAUUUCCUGCCAUGAAGUGCUCCAGAUGCCUCCCUAGGUAUCUCUUUCACACAGAUUAUCAUGGAAGCAAAGCAAAUCUGAUAGUAGAAGUAAAUUGGAAUAUUUUUCUUUAAAUGGUGUGCUCUGUAUGAAUCACAACAAAGUUUUGGGUUUCCUAUCCCUUUAAAUUAGUAUACACCAUCUGAUAAAAUCUUUUAAGGUAAUAUUGUAUCAAUAUGAAAUAAAAAAAGAAUUGCUUUCAGCA